UAUUUGAGGUUUCUGUGGGUACUGGGGAUAUUGACCUUGUAGCGAGAAUGCCAGACACUCCUUUCAUCGUUCGUAAAACCUCUUCACGUUGUUCCAGAAUGAUAGAUCAGAUGCACAAUAAAUACUUCCGUACGCAUAUGUCUGAAGAGGAGAAGAUUGCUGCUGACGAGAGCCUUAAAGUGUAUUGCCAGCCUAGAGAUCUCUACGUCAUUCUUCAGCGUCAUGCCAUUAAGAAUCCCUUGUUUCUUCAGCGAAGUUUGAAUUAUAAGAUUGAAGCCAAACAUCAAAGGAGAAUACAAAUGACUUUGUUCCUUCCGGGCAGUAAAGAUCCUGCUGGUAUACAAACUCAGAAACUGUUUCCUUUUUUUAUUGUGCUGGCAAAACUCGUUUCUUCUAAGACUACUGCAGAGUGUUCUGCAGUAUAUAAGUUCAGUCGAGCAUGUAUCCUAACUGGGGAUGAUGGAGUUAGUCAACCUCCAGCCAACUUUCUGCUCCCUAGAAUGGAUAGACUUGCAUUGGAUGCAAAAUCAGGAUCACUCGCUAUCUUAUUUAUCAGCUUUGCUGGCGCGCAAAAUUCUCAAUUUGUCAUUGAUCCAAGCAAGCCCCAUUCAGGUAUUUUCAGAGGACUUUGCCUAUGGAGCAAAAUACCCUUGGAAUCUCUCUAUUUGUCGUGGCAGAAAUAUCCAAAUAUGGACUUGGGAGAGAAAGCUAAUUCAGUCUCUCUUGUUGAAAUGCAGCCUUGCUUUUUACAGCCAAAGUACUCUAUGACUGAGAAGUGUUUCGUGAUUCAGGUUCCCAGCUAUCCCCUCACCUCGAGCUCACCGCAGCAAGUCCAAGUCACCAUAUCUGCACAAGAGGUUGGAGCAACGGAAAAUCCUCCUUAUCGUUCUUCAUUUUCAUUUAAUGACAUCCCUGCCUCUUCAGUAGUGUUGCCCAUUAGCUGGUUGAGAAAAGGACAAGUAGCUUACACUUACAGAUACUAUAACAACAAAUUAUAUAGAACUGAAGUAACUGGAGACUUUACUUGUCCAAUCUGCUUCGUAAAAUGUGCCAGUUUUAAGGGCGUGGAAUGUCACAUGCCAUCAACCCAUGAUUUCUUCAAUUUUGAAUUUUGGGUAAAUGAAAAGUAUCCGGCUGUAAAUGUCUCUCUCAAGAGUGAGACAAUGAUCAACGAGUUUUUCAAUUUAAAUGUUCAUAAAAAACAAAUUCAAAUUACUGAGGGCGACCGUCACGCAAGGCUGGAACGAUACCCUUCCUCUUCAAAGAAAUCCGGACAUAGGAAGCAGAAGACUCCGUUAAGGAACCCAAUGCCGGGGCCUCUUAAGAUCACUGACGAUGCUAACUCUGUUAAAAAUGAGAAGAGCCAAAUACCACCUGGGGGUGCUAAGUUAUAUACUCAAUUAGUUCCUCCUAGAAGUCCCGCAGAAUUGCAAAUGAUGCAAAUGUGGAACUCUUUUGUGAAGGAGCGCCGAGUAGUCGAAAAUGGUCGCAUCUCCUUGGGAUGUGAGGCGUUCUCAAAACUACACGGACCUCUCAUGGUCCGAAAUCCGGACUUGCUCUGGUGCUGGACAAAGUAUAUCUGGACACUGAAGAUUUACGGCCGUAUUGACGACCGAACCUUGAAGAACUGUAAUUUGUUUAUCGAACAGGUUGCUAAGUGAAGACCUAGCUAGAAGCCUUUAUUUAUGCUUUAGAAAAAACUCUAAACAAUAGGAAAAGGGAAUGAGAGUAGGUUUUAACUACUUUUGGACCCCUUUAUUAUCCUUUUUCGUGUUGGAUGUUAUUAUCUUACAUUAUUCCUUUUCCGUUUGAGUGUUAUUAAAGUACUUUUAUUCUGCUUUG